CCAACUAGUGCUGUGUAACGUUUGACUGAAAGCAUUGAAAAUCUACCGUUUCACAAUUCAAAACUAACAAAUUGAAAAAGUCGAAAUUAUGGCUCGUCGCAUAAUUGGCAACUGGAAAAAUCCGCCUGAAAAAUUACUGGGCGGCUCGAAUUUGUCGGACAUCAUACACAGACUGGAAACGAACAAAUCACCAAGAAAUGGCGUAACACUUUCUGAAUCCACUCUACAGUCCAUUUGCCGCGAAGCUCGCAACAUUUUCCUAACUCAACCCAUGCUGCUGGAGUUGCACGCGCCCAUCAAUAUUUGCGGUGAUAUACACGGUCAGUAUGGAGAUCUGUUGCGAAUUUUCAACAACUGUGGCUUCCCAUCGCAAGCCAAUUAUCUGUUCCUUGGCGAUUAUGUGGAUCGUGGCCAUCAGUCCAUCGAGACAAUCACAUUGCUGCUCGCUUACAAACUGCAAUAUCCCUUCACGUUUUUUUUGCUGCGCGGCAAUCAUGAAUCCGCCGAUGUUAAUCGCAUGUAUGGCUUUUAUGACGAGUGCAAGCGACGCUACAACAUCAAGUUGUGGCGGACCUUUGUUGAUUGCUAUAAUUGCAUGCCAGUGGCCGCUAUCAUAGAGAAUCGCAUCUUCUGCUGCCAUGGCGGACUAAGUCCCGAUCUCAAAGAACUGGAUGCCAUACGCCGACUGCCACGACCCACCGAGGUGCCCAUGACUGGACUGCUUUGUGAUCUGCUUUGGUCAGAUCCCGAUACGAACUGCGUUGGUUGGGGCACUAAUGAUAGAGGCGUGGGAGUCACCUUCAAUUCGGACAUUGUGGCCACAUUUCUGGAAUCGCAUGGCUUUAGCUUGAUAGUGCGUGCCCAUCAGGUGGUUGAGGAUGGUUACGAGUUCUUUGCGGAACGAAGACUGGUCACCAUCUUCUCAGCACCCAACUACUGCAAUCUAUUUGACAAUAGCGGCGCCGUGUUGACUGUAAAUGCCUCGUUGGUGUGUCAUUUUGUUAUCAUUAAACCACAAGUGCUGCAAAAUCAAUCAACCGAUGGAGAAACAUUGUAAUGCAUUAUCUUAUAUAGUAUAUAUAUGUUAAAUGGUGUAUACAUAAUUCGUUCACUUUAUUUUAAUUGUAAUCGGCAUCCAAGCUGCGCGUAACUCUCACUUCGCUGCUCUUUUAAGUAAAGAGAUCGCAAUCUUUCGUUC